AUGGCAGUGAUGGCGAACAGGGCCAGUGGAUCAAGGUCCGCGACGGCGGGCGCUCUCGCAACGACGCUGCUCUUCUCCGUUCUCGUUCUGUACGCUGUGAAGCCGGACACCUGGCGCUUCUUGUUCCCAUGGCACCCGACGCUCGCGGUGUUGGCGUACGGCCUGAUCACCCAGCCGGCCGUGCUGCUGGUGCGCCUCGGCCGCACCCGGCUCCACUGGGCGCUGCAGGCGGCGUCCACGGCGUGCGCCGUGCUCGGCUGCUGGGCCGCGUUCGUCCACAAGGCGGCGCUGGGCAAGCCGCACUUCGCCACGUGGCACUCGUGGGCGGGACUCGGCGCCCUGCUGCUCACCCUGCUCGAGGCGGCCGUCGGAGUGGGCGCCAUGACGCUCCGCACUUCCAUGGUGGGCAAGCAGCACCCGUGGCUGAAGUACACCGCGCUGCGGCGCGUCCACCGCGCGCUGGGCCUGUCGGCGCACGGUUUGGCCACUGCCGCCAUGGUGCUGGGGCUGCGCUCGCACUACGGCCGCGAGACCCUGGCCAAGGCGCUGCCCCUGGGCGACGCCCUCACCGUGCAGCUGGCCGUCCAGGCGCUGGCCGCGGCGCCGUUCACAGCCGUCGGGCACCAGCUGUGGAGGCGCUACGGCGCCGACAAGUCUCGCAAAUAAAGGCAUCUUUCACGGCCGCGGA